AUGCGCUCGAAGUCGCCAGAGAAGCGUGGAAGGCAAAAAGUAGUCCGGACGCCGACAUACAGAAUCGAAAACGAGUACAAUCCGGAAGCGAUGCCUCAGUAUUUUCAGGUAGCAGUUAAUGUACUGGAAGAAAGGAAUCUGGCAUGGACUAAUCCUCAGUCUGCUAAUGCGUAUAUUAUUGUAUCAAUCGGUAAAAUGACACAAAAAACAAGCAUUCGGAGGAAUAUGCAAACUGUAUGCAAUAAAGAAACUUUUGUCUUCAACAUGCAUCUACAUAUCUCUGAUCUUCUACAACGAAACCUUAGGAUCUGUGUUGUGGAACCAAGAUGUAGAGGGUCUCACAUAGUAGGAGAAAUUAGCAUGAACCUAGGAGGAAUUUGGGCGGAACCAAACCAUCAAGUUGUUCAUAAGUGGGUGCAAUUAAAUCCGACGGGAUUUUUAAAGGUCGACGUGACAAUCAUAUUAAGGGGUGAAUUACAGAUAGUACCAGUCAUCAUAAACGACCAAAAAAUACAAGACAGCGAUAUCCUGUCAAUUGGUUCGGAGCUUCAAUAUGCUAACUACGUCAUUACUGUUUACGGCGCGUUCAGCUUACCAAAUAGCUAUUACGAAAUCGAUGAACACUUGACAAAAGCUCCAAGCACAUUCCUUAUGGUUUCAUUUAACGGUCUAUCGGCGAAAAUAAUGAUCCAAUCCGUAACUAGCGACCGAGUGUCUUGUGAACAAAUAUCAAUAGUGGACACGUUUCCGAAUACGAAUCGAAUUAUUAAAUUUGACGUUUGUUCUAAUAAAGGCUGCUUUAAUCAGAUUUUGGGUAGCACACAGCUUUGUUUACGGGACAUUUCGCAUGAUGGAGAGAAUGGAUUUCUACCAACGUUCGGGCCCUUCCCAUUACAUAUUUAUGCGAACUCCAAUACGAGUUCGAUUGAUCUGGUCACUGGAGAAAAACCUUUUCAUCGUGGCGCUCUUCUAGUUGCAUGCGAUGUAGUAGUUCCUUACCAUCAACGUCACCCCAGGACUAUUUUAGUGGAACCAGUACCAUCUAUUCGACUUCAAAAUCUCUGGUCAUUUGAAGAUUUCUGCAUUUACUGCCCCAUUUUCGAAGUUUCGAUGCUCGAUCGCAGUACAGUUGGCCAGUUUUGUGGUGUUGCAAUUACAGUUGAAUUUCGGAAAUUGCAUUAUACGGGCAGCAUGAGAGUAGUUCAGAGCGAGAAUGAAUAUGGUUAUCUUGAAUUUGGCAACGCUCUUCCUGUUUUACAAUUUGCAACCAUGCUACCCGAUUUUAGGUUUAAAAUGUACAGAAAUAAUAUGAUAUAUCAAGCUGUUAAUAAUUUGGAGCUAACUGUAAUAGAUGUGGAACAACAUCUAAGAUUCUAUGACUAUUGUUGUACGGCGGAACUUGUUAACCAGUUGGUUAAGGCGUUGGAAGGUGCAAUUGAAAUUAUUGUAAAAUUUCUAGACAUGGUACAGCAUUCAAACUCAGCUCAUCCUAAAGAUGAGGAUAAUGCAAGACAAUGUUACACGGUAUUGGAUCAAAAACAAUUUACUCUGCAAGAAGAGGUACUUUCCUUACACGGAUGGCCAGAUAUUGUUAUUUGGCUACUGAGCAGGGGAUCAAGAGUGGCGUUUUGUAAGAUAUCACCAGUGGAUGUUAUUUACUCGAUGAUACCUGAACAAUGUGGCAAAGACUGUGGCCGAAUACAAUCUAUUUACCUUAAUCCCUUACAAUGUCCUAAGCAUGCCAAUAAUUUCUCGAGUAUUUGUCACUGCUACUCUGGUAAAGUCGAUGUACUGAUGUGGAUGGGCUUAUACAGACAUAAAUCAGCGUUUGAUUCUUGCUUGCUCGGAUAUAAUCUGAAGGUCAAAGAUUAUGAUAUGUGCAUAAAAUCAGCUCCUAUGAUGGUAAAAUAUCGAGCCUUUGUAAGCAAGGCAAAGCUGAAAGGCGAUUAUAAUUAUCUUAAUACUCUACAAACACAUUUAAGAAUAAGUGUAUUAAAUGCCGUCAAAGAAACGAAGGUACAGUGUAAUACUCUCACACCGGCGUGGAAUCAAGUUCUCGAGAUACAAAAGACGGUUUUUAUGACCCCGGAGAGACUAGCUAACUGUCCCGCUAUUGUUUUAGUCGAAGUUUACAAUACGGGAUUAUCGGGAGAGUCAGAAUUAAUCGGUCGUUUUCAAGUAAAGCCAGCGGUUACCGAUAACCAAGACCUUGAAUCUGCUCCUAAGUUACAAUGGUACGACUUGCUCAGAGGAAAUGACAGCACUGGUCAAGUCCUUAUGUCUGCACAACUAAUACAGAUUCCUGAAAAAAUACUUAAAAAUAUAGUUUAUACUCCAAUAGAAGAAAGUUAUAUCGCAAAUGAUUCGAGAGAAUUGGGUUGUACAGAUAAUUAUACGCCUUUGCCAAAACAUCUGUUUCCAACUUCUACUUGUUACAAAGUCGACGUUUAUUGGUGGGGACUUCGUAAUAUUGAGAUAAGAAAAAAACUGGGAGUUAUCUUAGAAAUUGAAGAGUUACGUAUUAAAUCUGAUAUAAUCCUCGAUAAAACGUCGAAUCGUAACUUUACAAAUGGUCGAAAAUCACAAAUAUUUGAAGCCCCAAUUAGCGACGUUUAUUGCCCGAUGUUAAAUAUGAGACUAUUCGAUAGUAAUACGUUUGGUAGAAUGGAAUACAUUGGAAUGAAUAUUGUAAAGAAUCCAAACAAGUAUGUGUUACGUUGGGUGACUAAAACUGACAGAGAGGAUUCACUGAAGCGAGCUUCAAUAACGUCGUCAGAAUUCAUUCAAGGUUGCGAUCGUAAUAAAAGUUCAGAAACACGUAGCAAGAAUACUAUUGUAUAUGACAGUUGUAUUUCGAUGAUAAGUUCGGAUUUAAUAUCAAGGUCUAAGUUCUCGAAAUGGAAAUAUUUAUUCCGACAAAGGGAGCCUGAUGAAGAAGAAUACACAUUGCUGCCUUUAUUUUCAACGAAAAAAGAUAGCAAAAUAGAUAAUAGUAAAACAGAUAUUAAGAAAAAGGAAUGGUGGAUAAAAUAUUUGAAAGCUCAGAAAUGUAAUGACGACGAUGAAAACGUUUGCGUCGCCGAUAAAUUAAUUAUUUACGAUUCAGAACUCGAAAAUCAAGCUGUGUUUUCAAAGUUCAAAGAUUGGUGUGCAACACUGAAACUUUAUAAUGGAAAGAAAACAGGCAUUCCUGAAAGAGACAGGCAGCUUUACUGCGGUUUGUUAAAAGUCGGACUAGCGAUCUACAGAUGGCCAUCGGAUAGUAAAACAGCUGUUACUUUUAACGGGACUGAACUUAUUAAAGGAUACUUUGAUGAUCAUCCAAGUAACGAUCCCGCGAAGUUUCUGGUUCGAGUUUACAUUGUUAAAGGAAUCAAUUUAAAAAUGAAAGGGUUCAUUGGGAAAACCAAUCCUUACGUUGUAUUGCGCUGCGGAAACAAACUAUUGGGGAAUCGUAAUAACUACCUGCCGAAAAAAUUGAAUCCUGUAUUUGGAAAAAUGUACGAAAUGCGAUGUAGUUUACCGGAAGAUUACAUGCUUUCAAUAUCACUCUAUGAUUUUGACGACAACGAAGCAGAUGAGUUAAUUGGUAGCACAAAAAUUGAUUUAGAAGAUCGAAUUUACUCGAAGCAUCGCGCCCGAGUCGGAUUGCCGUUUGAAUAUAGCCUGAACGAUCUAUUGAAAUGGCGGGAUAACACGAAACCGUCUACAAUACUCGAGGAAAUAUGUUCUAAAAAUCAUCUUUCGCCACCAUUUUUUAUCGAUAGCUGUACUCUUGUAGUCAAUGGAGUCGAGUACAAAGAUAAUAUAAGAGAUAUAAAUUUCACUUCGAGUCUGGAACGAAGAGAAAAUUUGUGUUUGAGUAUUUUACAUAAAUGGUAUACUUUACCUGUAUGCGGGUAUCAUUUGGUUCCAGAACAUGUUGAAACAAGAACAUUAUAUAACGAAGACAAACCGGGAAUUGAACAAGGCAAGCUACAAAUGUGGGUAGACAUUUUUCCAUUGGAUAUUGGAGUUUAUAUACCUCCUCCUGUCGACAUUACACCUAAGGAGCCUGAAUAUUAUGAACUUCAGGUUAAAAUAUACGAUAUUCGAGAUAAAAAUGUCUCUUCCAAUAGUUGGGGGCAAAAAUUUUCCGUUGGUUACGUAAGAGCAUGGAUUGGAUUUACGGACAUGACUCAAAAUAUAGAUGUUCAGUAUGUAACAAUAAAAGAUAACAAACAUAGUUCACAAAUGAUUUUUAAAUUUCAGUAUCAGCCCGCCACACGAGAGAUUGUAUGUAAAGACAAAUCCGGUGCUUUAUGUCAAGAAAAUUUGCCGACAAUCCUCAAUAUCGAACUAAUGGAUAAUGAAGCUUCGCCAUCAGACGAAUGCUUAGGUUCUCUGAUGUUAAACUUGAAUGAAAUACCUCGAGGAGGAAAGCGUGUUGACGAAUGUGCAUUAGGCGUGUUAGUCAGUUCCACAAAAGUAAACCUGUUCUCUGCUAUGUCCUACCGUGCCUGGUGGCCUAUUACUACUAAUGAUCGUUAUUCUGAUGAUAAAUUAAUUGUUAGUAUAAUUGACUUGGAAAUGAAUCUUGUACCUCGGAAUCUAGAAAAUUCGAUGACUGAUGAAACAAAAAGAGUACCGGUUGCUUCUUUACCAAAUCAAGAAUUAAACAUCAACCAAAUUAUUAUAAUCCCCUCACCGUUCCCCGGAGAGCACUUUAGCGAGUAUAUCAGCAACAUUUCCAUGAAACUGGAUCCAAUUUUUGAAGACCAGGAACAGGCCAAAAAAAGGAGCACGAUGGCGCAGGAGGAUCGCUAUAAGGUGUCAACAAUUUUGAGAAAUCGCUUUUACACGGCUGUUGAAGUAAAGAAUUAUCACUUACGAGCUCGAGGAAACAAUCUAAACGAGUGUAGAUUCUAUGUAUACAAGCACCACGAGAGGAAAAGAAUGUACAAAAAAGUGGGAUCGCGCUACAACCAAGCCCUGUAUAAGAAAAAGAACACUAUGGCGGAGGCUCUUUCACGUGUGGUCUGGGAUUUUCUCUGA